CACACACACGCGCACACAGGCACACACACACACACAGCCUGCAGUGUAGAUAGAAGAGGGAACCUCUGAUAUUUGCUCUGGUCUGGACGUUUUUUUUUUUCUUUAUUUUUUGAAAGCAGGCGGGGAGGGAGGGAGAAUAAGUAUUUCUUGCUGAAGCCGUCAUUGUGAAAACAAGGAUGAACAGCAUAAGACAGGUGCCCACACGGGUGAAAAGCAGGCGGACCGAGGCCAACCUCGGAGCGGAGAGGGAGCAUUUUGACAAGCAGCAGCUGAGCAGCAUCAGCAAAGCCAUCAACUCCAGUGAGACGCCUGUAAAGGAGAAACAUGCACGACGAAUCAUCCUGGGGACUCACAGGGAGAAGGGAGCCUACACCUUCUGGUCAUACGCUCUGGGCUUCCCUCUGGCCAGUAGCUCCAUCCUCAGCUGGAAGUUCUGCCACGUACUGCACAAAGUCCUGCGGGAUGGCCACCGCAAUGUUCUACAAGACUGCAUGAGACAUCACAGUUCUCUAGUUGAAAUUGGGAAACUAUGGGGCAACCUCCAUGACAAAUAUGGACAGCUGGUGGCUCUGUAUACGAGGCUGCUGUGUACGAAAUUGGAGUUUCAUGUCAAGCAUUCAGAAAUCCCACCGAACCUGGAGGCCACAGAUGAAGUCCUGGAGCGCACUGCAGGGACAGACAUUAAUAAUGUGUUCCAGCUCACAGUGGAGGUGUUUGAUUACUUGGACGCAGAGCUGCGGCUGGCUGAGACAGUGAUUCGACAGCUCAACACGUCCAUCGCCAUCUCCACUCUCACAUCAGGCCAGUGUCGCCUGGCUCCGCUCAUCCAAGUUAUCCAGGACUGUAGUCACCUCUACCACUUCACCGUCAAGCUGCUGUUCAAGCUGCAUGCCUGUCUCCCUGCUGAUACCCUACAAGGUCACCGUGAACGUUUCCACGACCAGUUCCACAGCCUUAAGACCUUCUUCAAUAAAGCCAGAGACAUGUUGUACUUCAAGAGACUGAUCCAGAUCCCGAAACUGCCUGAUUCCCCACCAAACUUCCUGCACGCAGCUUCACUGGCCAAGCACGUGAAGCCAGUGGUGGUCAUCCCAGACGAGGAUGAACCAGAGCAACAAGACGACGACGACGAUGACCCAGAGCCGCUCAUCGAGGUCAGCGAUGUGUCAACAUCCAGCAUACAGGCACAGCCACAGCAACUUGACAUAUUUGAUCAGACAUUUGGACCUCCCAAUGGAGGUUUCGAUGACAGGGAUCUCCAGAUCGAGAGCCUGAAGCGUGACCUUGAGUUGUUGAGAGCAGAGCUCGAGAGAGUCAAAGCAGAGGCUCAACGCUACAUCACGCAGCUCAAGUCCCAGAUCAACAGUUUGGAGGCAGAGCUAGAAGAACAGCGUGCACAGAAACAACGUGCUCUUGUGGAAAAUGAGCAGCUGCGCAUGGAGCUGGAGGCCGUGCGCCGCAGAAACACAGAUCAUGAGAGCUUACAAACCACCUUCAUUGAGGCGGAGAAAAGAGCGCAGGCCACCGAGCAAAGGUACAAUAAGCUGAAGGACAAGCACUCAGAGCUGGUGGCCAGUCAUGCUGAACUACUCCGGAAGAGUGCAGACACUGUGAAGAUGCUGUCAGCGACCCAGCAGACCCAGGAAGAAGUGGAGAGGACCAAACAGCAGCUGUCGUUUGAGGUUGAUAGGAUAAAACAGGACGCUGACAUGAAGCUGGAAGAGCAGAAGUUUGAGAUGGAGAGGCUGAAGAGAGAGCUGGAGGAGAAGAUGGCGGAAAUGAUGCGUAUCAAGGGGACUCUGCAGAGCAGCGAGAAGACAUCGGAGCAAAUGAACAGCUCAAUGACGGCUCUGCAGGCGGAGAAGGAGCGUCUGAUGCGAUCUGUGAGCGAGAAGGAGGCGGAGCUGUCGUCUCUGCGGCAGGCUGCGCAGGUGCAGCAGUCAUCACUUCAGCAGGAGCGAGAGAGGAGCAGCAGGGAGCUGGGAGAGCUGCAGGGCAAACUGCAGGAGAAGACGAGUCAUGAGGAGCAGAUGAAGCAGAAGCUUCUGGAGGAGCAGUUUGCUCUGCUGCAGGGUACCAUCACAGAGGCUGAGAACAUCAUCCAAGACGCUGUUUCUAAGCUGGAUGAUCCCCUCCAUAUACGCUGCACUAGCUCUCCAGAUUACCUCAUAAGUCGGGCGGAGGCCACGCUCGGCUCCAUCGACAAAGUGAAAAAAGGCCAUGCAGAUUAUCUCCAUAACAUGGGGGAUGCUGGAGGGCUGCUUAGGGCUCUGACCCAGUUCUCCCACUUGGCUGCGGAUACAAUCAUUAACGGCAGCGCUACAGCUCACAUGGCCCCCACUGACCAUGCAGACCGACUGACAGAGAACUGCAGGGGCUGUGCAACUGAGAGUCUGCAGUACUUGAAGGACCUUAAGUCCAAGACCACCCUCCAGAGGGCAGACCCAGCCUCCAUUCGCAUAAUUGUUCAAAAGAUCCUGCACUUGGGCCAGGAGCUGCGGCCGAAAAGCAUGGACAUUCGUCAGGAUGAGCUGGGAGAUCUGGUCGACAAAGAAAUGGCUGCAACAUCAGCAGCUAUUGAGGAGGCAGUCCGCAGGAUUGAUGAAAUGAUGAAUCAGGCUCGUAAGGACACAUCAGGAGUUAAACUGGAGGUCAAUGAGAGAAUCCUUUACAGCUGCACAGACCUGAUGAAGGCCAUCCGCAUGCUAAUUAUAGCAUCUACAGAUUUGCAAAAGGAGAUCGUUGAGAGUGGGAGGGGUGCAGCCACCAUUAAAGAGUUCUACGCCAGAAACUCCCGCUGGACUGAGGGACUCAUCUCUGCUGCCAAGGCUGUGGGCUGGGGAGCCACAGAGAUGGUAGAGUCUGCUGAUAAGGUGGUGCUGCACACAGGCAAAUAUGAGGAGUUGAUCGUCUGCUCUCAUGAGAUUGCUGCUAGCACAGCACAGCUGGUCGCCGCUUCAAAGGUGAAGGCAGACCGCAACAGUAAGAGGCUGACAGUUCUCCAACAGGCCUCUCGCCGUGUGAAUGAAAUGGCAGCUAAUGUAGUGGCCUCAACAAAGACGGGCCAGGAGAACCUGGAGGAAAAAGAUACCAUGGACUUCUCUGGGAUGUCCCUCAUCAAGUUAAGAAAAGAAGAAAUGGAGUCACAGGUGAAAGUGCUGGAAUUAGAAAGUCAAUUGGAGAACGAGCGACUGCGUUUGGGCGAGCUGAGGAAGAAGCACUAUGACUUGGCUGGAGUUCCUCUAGAGCAGGUUUCUGAGGGGAACGGCGAAGCCUCCUCGCUGGUCCAUCCUGUAACUAUGUCACCAAAACCCAGCAAACCUGCUCUCAUGAAGAAACCUGCGUUGGCCCAGAAACCCCACAUUCCACCCAAAUUUAACUAAAUGCCUGAGCAGAGGAUGAUAAUGCUCCACUACUGGAUGUUUGGACUGACCAGAGAAAGAUCGCCUUUUUGUGGACAUACAGUUCCUUUAAGUUGCAUGCUGACAAUCCUCUGCCUCAUCCUGCAUCUUGCUGUUCAUCCCUCCUUUGUUUUUUCUUUUUCUUUAUGCCAAAAUGGACCAGAAGCCUGAAUUUUUUUUUUUUAACCUGCGAUGCCUGGAAGGGAUAUGCUGCCUUUACUCCUCUUUUUUAAAAGAUACAUAUGCAUGCCAUCCAGGCAGAACCCUUUUUAUUUUAGAACUUGGCAUCAAGAACAAAAAAGGUUAAUAUUAUAAUUUUAGGCUGUUUGAAAGUUGUUGUUUUUCUUCUGCAUCACACAGAUUUUAGACUAUUAAGCACUACUGCUUUUAGAAUACAAACCUUGAUGAUGACCACAAAUCGACAGCAUAUCUUGUAUGUGAAUAGGUAGUUUAGUUUUGAUCACUCUUUGGACAACCUUUUUGCACCAUGUUUUGGACAUUCAUUACAGAGCACAUUACAUUUUUCUUAAGGUACACUGUAUGCUAUUUAUGUUGUGGUGGGCGGUAAAGGAAACUGGGGAAAUGUGUUGUGUGCGUCCAUUUUGCAGCAGAAGUUUUACAUACCUCUGGCUUUGCCUUCAUGAUGGACAAUGUUCCUCUUAUGUGCAAAAUAGCUUUCUUUCUCAGCAGUACAAGAUUGUCUCAGAGGCCUUGAAACGUACUGUACUAAAGCAUUAAAUAAUACCUGUAAAGACAUACAGUCUGUAUAGGAAUGUGCAAUUCACACCUAGUAAAUAUCUACACUCAUCUCUUGAAUGUCCCUUUAGAGGAGAACCUGGAUAUUAUGUUAAAGCAUAUAGACAGACUUAAUUCUUGCACACAAAUAUCAGAUGUAGGUGUCCUUAAUUAUCAAAUACUUCUUUUAGGCUGAAUAUGAAGAUUUAGGGUUAGUUAAUGUACAAUAUUAAGGUGUUCACGUCCACUUUGCCUCUGGGAGCUUUUCUUACAGGUUCUUAAAAUGCAUCUUUUUAUGUUCUGUCCUUUCCUCUGUACGAAAUGUCUUUAUACACUCAGAUCUAUUAAUAUAUUUUAGUAAAGAUAUUGGUGGUUUCUCCUUGUAAGAAGUAUAAAUGUAAAACAAAUGAACAAUAAAUGUUUGAUUUGA